UUCAGACUCGCCAGCCCAGGACCCAGCGAGGGCCCUGCCAGAGGCUGCCCAGAGCCGCCCCAGACGGACCCCCUGCGUCCCUGUUGUCCCAGAAGUUAUGAAGGACAUUGCGGUGCUGUACGAAGAGGAUGCAGAGGAGUGGGCGCUAUACCUGAGGGAGCUCUUCCUACCUGCAGUGGAUAGGGAAGGGAUCCUGAUGUGUCCCCUGGGCACCUGUUCACCCCAGGACCUGCAGCGCCUGGGGCUCAGCUCCUACAAGUGCAAGCUCUUGAUUGUGUCAGACAACCUACUCCAAGACCUCACUCCGCAGCGGUGCCAGUUUCUGGCAAGCAUACUGGUACCUCCUGAGAGUGUGGUCACUCUGCUGUGUGGGACGAAUAGCUCUGAUCGGCUCUACCAGGCCAUGGGCAUCUCACAGGGCUACUGGGAACUGACAACGGAGCAGGAGCCCAAAGAUUAUGUCCGCAUGGUGGAGAGCCUCGUACUACAGGGUUACAAGGACCACUUUGAAGUCUAUGUUCCGACAGAGCCACCGCAGGAAUGCUCUGGAGGCAGGAGAGAGAGCAAAGGAACGGAAGCAUUGUCGAAAGUGUGCAGCGGGCCCUGCUCAGCCCUGGUGCUGCCCAGUGAGGUUCUGUGCGAGAAUCCUGGUGAAAUAUUUAUUAUCUUGAGAGAUGAGGACAUGCACAGUACAGUGGAGGUUGAAUUCAGGUCAGCUACCACCUGCAUCCGAAUAUGCCCAGCCCCUUGGAGUAAGACAGUUUGGCGGACCAAGGCCUUAGAUUUUCCAGCUGGCCUUAUAGGCGUGGAUGUGUACUGUGAUGGGGUCCUCAAGGCCACGGCAGAGAUCAGAUACCACACAGGAGCCAGUGUGGGUGCAGUGAGCCCCAGAGACGGAGAUGGCGACUGGAGGACGAACAUGGAAGAGCUCGAUGAGACACUUGCCUUCGUGUUCAAGCAUGAGAUCCCACAUUAUGCAUUCCAACAGUGCCAGUCUGUGAUCUGCAGCAAGAACCAGUGUGCUCAUCUCAAAGAAGUACCAACUCUCCUGCACUGUGCAGCCAAGUUCGGCCUGAAGCGUCUGUGCCUGCACCUGCUAGGGUGCUUGGGGGCAGGCUGGGCCUCCUCAGUGAGGAACAGUGCAGGCGCAGAUCCUGCAGGCUUAGCUGAACAACAUGGUCACGAGGAGCUCCAGAGAAUCUUCAAAGACUUUGCAGUGAGUGUCUUUCCAUCUGAUCAAACACUUGAAGGCGUGCUGUGCGCUGGCCAGUCUGAGAGUGGGAGUUGGGGAAAGCCUGGGGUCCCCUUUAAACUCCUCCCUGACCCCCACCUCGAUGGUGCCCUGGGCAGGGGCCCAGAGAUAGCCCUGGAGUUCGGAGGAAGAAGAGGGAAGACUGUUGGGGAGGUGGCAAAAGGCCUUCCCCCUGGAGCCUUGCUAUUUCCCAUGGUGGCCAAGCAGGAAAUUAUCUUAACGCUUAUUAAGUUACAAUUAGUUGACUACUCACAGACACAAGAAGCCAGCAUAAAUAAUGGGCACGAAGAUAAUGAUGAGGAGGACACCACUUCAGUGCAGGCACAUUCUCCUGGUGAGGAACAUUUGGUAGUGGAGACACCACUGUGCUGCCAACCACCCUAUAUCAUCACACAGGCAGAAACUUCAGGGUCCAAAGUCCACCAGGUUUCCAGUUUCCUGCUGUGUGAGAGCCACAGCACGUCUGGCCUAGGCGAAGAAUCUCACCACAGACCAUGCACUGUUUCAGUCACAGACCUGCAGGAGGACCACUCAUUCACACACAGGCCCGGGGCCAACGAUGCAGCUACGGCAGGGACGGAGGAAGUGGUGGAACCUGAGUACUGUCUGCAGGCAGCCAGCACAGGGAGCCUGGGAGAACAGUAUGAAAACGUGUAUGCCUGCAUCACUGGAGACAACCUGGACACACCCACAGAACCCCCACCCCUGAGUAGACCACCUCUGCCCCCACCUCGGCCCACGGAGGGUGCAGCCCGGCUGGAAAGUGCACCCUGUACACUGCAAGGGAACGUGCUGGAAAGCCAGAUGGAGCCAAGCCAGCAUUGGUAUGAUCCCGGAUCAAGACAAGAAGUGGGAAGUGAAGCUGGCGCUGAGGAGGAAGAAGAGGCAGAGGGCCAGGAGGAUCCAUACGCGUUCACCGAGAUCCAAGAUAGCGAGUAUGAUACUGUGCUGGCCUGUUCCAGGAGCACAAAGAUGAAAACCAGGAGUCAGUCCUUCAUUGUCAACAGGCCUCCUGCUCCUGCCCCUCGGCCCCCCAUGAGCCCACCGAGAGAGGAGACCACACCCUACAUAGCACAGGUGUUCCAACAGAAGACAGCCAGAAGACGAUCUGAUGGUGACAAGUUCCGUACCAAAAAACAAGACAGAGCUCAGGACGGGAGUCACAUGCCUGCCAUGGGGAAGGGCUGCCUGGAUGCUGGGCAGGAGGAACUCAUUAUCCUGCAGGAGAGAGUGCGUAAUAGAGAGUUAUCCAUGGACACUGCCUUAGAACUCUUCCGGCAGUGGCAGCUGGACCAGGAUGACCUGGAGGCGAGACAGCAGGAAAAACUACGCCAACUUCGAGAUUGCAUUAUUGGGAAGAGGCCAGAAGAUGAAAACAUCUAUGAUCAUCUCACCAUUGUGCACCAUCCAAACAGUAGUGAAGGUGUCUACAAUGAAAAUAAGUCACUUAAUAUAUCCUUGAACAAUAAGCCUCCUGCACGAGUUCAAGUUGAAAAAGAAUUUGGUUUCUGUUGUAAGAAAGAUCACUAA